GUCCGGGCGCCCGGGUUGCGGGUUAUGCCUGGAGAGCGCAUGGGCAGAUUCACCGCACGUCGGUUUGUCCCGACGGGAAGGCAGUGUGGGCGCCAUCUUCUCCGGGGCUACCUUGGGGCUCAGCUGGCUGUGGGGAGGCUGCUGCGACGAGGAGCGUCCCAGCCCCCGUUUGUGUGUUAAGUUGCUUUUACAGAAUUAACAGGUCUCCAAGAAAUAAAAGGAAAAGGUCGUUAUUGCUGUGGCUUGAGCUCAGCAUGGCUGUAGUCAUCCGUUUACUGGGGCUUCCUUUUAUUGCGGGGCCUGUGGAUAUCCGUCACUUCUUCAAGGGAUUGACUAUUCCUGCUGGAGGAGUGCAUAUAAUUGGAGGGAAAGUUGGGGAGGCUUUUAUUAUUUUUGCAACAGAUGAAGAUGCAAGACGUGCCAUAAGUCGUUCAGGAGGGUUUAUCAAGGAUUCAUCUGUAGAGCUUUUUCUUAGUAGCAAGGUAGAAAUGCAGAAGACAAUAGAAAUGAGAAGAACUGCUCAUGUGGGAAGAGGGCGACUGGGAUCUGGGGCAUCAGGAGUUAGCACCUUGUGCCGCUUUAUUGAUACUAUGAAGGAAGAGGGAAGUUAUUCUGGAUAUGGCUCUUCAGUUAAUCAAGAUGCUGGGUUUCAUACUAAUGGUACAGGACUUGAUUUAAGGCCAAGAAAGACCAGGCCAUCGAAGGCUGAGAAUCCUUACUUGUUUCUACGAGGUUUGCCUUACUUAGUAAAUGAAGAUGAUGUACGUGUCUUUUUCUCUGGUUUGUGUGUGGAUGGAGUGAUUUUCUUGAAACAUCAUGAUGGCCGAAAUAAUGGUGAUGCUAUAGUAAAAUUUGCUUCAUGUAUUGAUGCUUCAGGAGGUCUUAAGUGCCAUAGAAGUUUCAUGGGUUCACGAUUUAUAGAAGUCAUGCAGGGCUCAGAACAACAGUGGAUUGAAUUUGGUGGUAAUGCAAGCAAGGGUGGUGACACUCCUCAUGUGAGAUCUGAAGAACGUUCUUCUUCAAGAAGGAUUAAUGAUAGACAUCUUCGGAAACGGUCUCGUUCAAAAUCUCCUAGAACACGUUCUCGCUCUCCUCAUGGAUUUUAUGUUCAGUUAAAAAAUCUGUCCUUAAACAUUAGCAAGAGGGAUUUAAGAAAUUUCUUUAGAGAUACUGACGUGACUAAUGAACAGAUUAAAUUUCUAUAUAAAGAUGAACGAAGAACACGGUAUGCCUUUGUGACGUUUAAGAAUCUAAAAGACUAUAGUACUGCCCUGGGUUUGCAUAAGACUGUUUUACAAUAUCGUCCAGUUCUUAUCGAUCCAAUUUCUAGAAAGGAUAUGGUGAAAUUGAUUGAAUUCUAUGAAAAGAGACCAGGGUCUGUAGAGAAAGGCAGGCCUGGGCGUGUUUCACAGAAGUACCCUGAAGAAGGCUCCUCUGAUCGAAAGCUGUGCAUCUAUAUACGGAAUUUCCCAUUCGAUGUUACGAAAGCUGAGGUGCAGAAGUUCUUUGCAGACUUCUCCCUUGUUGAGGAUGACAUUUAUUUGCUUUAUGAUGACAAGGGAGUUGGUUUGGGAGAAGCACUGGUGAGAUUUAAAUCAGAAGAACAGGCCGUGAAAGCUGAACGUUUAAACCGACGGAGAUUCUUAGGGACAGAGGUGUUGUUAAGACUUAUAUCUGAGGUACAGAUGCAGGAGUUUGGUAUAAAUUUUCCCUUCGUGUCCAAUGAGAAGACACAAGCCCGUUCCCAGUCACAGGAUGGAGAUGGCCAAUCCCGACUGUUUGACUUAAAAGAUCCACUGGUAUGUUCAUUUGGCCUGCGUGAAAGUGUUCAUUAUCAACCAAAAGACACACGGAAAAUGGGUAAUUUCAAACAUCCCUACAAGUAUUCCCAACAGCCUGACAGGCACCCUCCAGAAGACUUUCAACACCAUACUGAGGACUUGAGGUUCACUCCGGAGGACUUGAGGCAGUCCCCAGAAGACUAUAGGCACCUCCAAGAAGAACAUAUCGCACACUCUAGGGAGGAAGACUGGAGAAGGCCUCUUGAGGAUUGGAGAUGGCCAGUGGAAGAUGAUUUCAGGCACUCUCAUGAAAAAGAUUUUAGGCAGCCACCAGAGGAGGACUUCAGAUGCCCUUGGGAGGAGGACUUGAGAUGGCCACCUCAGGAGCACUUCAGGAGGUUAUCCCCUGAACACUUUAGAAGGCCACCUCAAGAACAUUUCAGGCAUUCCCAGGAGGAAGAGUUCAGGCAUGUGGCAGAUGAAGACUAUAGGCACCCUUCUGAUGAGGACUUUAGGACCUCGCAAGAAGAUUUGAGGUGGCCCACUGACGAGGACUUCAGGCAUCUGUCUGUAGAAGACCUCAGGGAAGUUCCGGAGGAAGACAGACUUCCUGGUAACUUCAGACCUCCUGGAGAGGAGUUUUGGACCCCACCUGAUUUUAGAGGUCACCAUGAUUUUGCGAACUUUGGUCACCUAGAAGGUGGCAAGUUUCAUCUUGGAAAGUAUAUGAGAAGUUUUCCUGAGGGAAAAUUUAUGCCUGAUCUAAAAUUAAAUUGUGGUUCAGGUAGAAUAACUCCUAUUAAGAUAAUGAAUCUUCCAUUUAAAGCAAAUGCUAAUGAAAUUUUAGACUUCUUCCAUGGUUAUAAAGUCAUACCUGAUUCAGUUUCAAUACAGUAUAGUGAGCAAGGAUUACCUGUAGGAGAAGCCAUUGUUGCUAUGGUAAAUUAUAAUGAAGCUGUAGCUGCUAUUAAAGAUCUAAAUGGCAGACCAGUUGGUCCCCGCAAAGUUAAGCUCAGUUUGCUUUAGAGAGCCUUUCUAAGUCCAUAGUCUCCACCUCCCCUCUAGGGUUGAUGCAGUGCAAAUACAUUUUUAAAAAAAGCUUAUUUUUAAUUAUCUUAUUAAAAUUUUAAAUUUUAACCUGUGAAUGGGAAAAAUGUGUUAUGUAAAUCUGGUUUUCUUUUGCUUACACGUGGACAUUCUUUACCCCCUAAUUUAAAAUUGCAUAUGCUGUUUUUCUUUGAUAGGGGAGAGAGCACAAAUUUUCUGAAUUCAUUAGUUUCAUUGAUAUUAUGGAGAAACCUCAGAGUCUUGUAAGAAGUGGAGUUAUGUUUGGGGAAGGUAAAUGUAUAUUAGAUUUUGUUUUUAACAUCUUUUCCUCAGACUGUAUAAGGAAAUGACGGAUGGCUG